UUUUAUUUGGGUUUGAACCUUGAACGCAAUCUGCAUAUACGUUCUAUCUUUAUAAAAACUUGGCAGUGACCGUAAACUCCACCUAUUUGGAGACUUAUUUUUAGAAGGAUGCACGAAUUUCUAACAUAUGUUUUUGAAGCGGGCUUCUUAUAACUUGGAAGUAUAAACAAAGGCGCUUUAUUUGAAGCUUUCUUUUCCUUUCAUUUUUAUGUUCUUUGUUUACACUUCCAACAGUUCCGUUACUCCAGAAAAUUCCCUUCGUCCAAUUUUCUGUUUCCACUCUCCUCUUUUUUCAUCGUCUAAUUUCGUCAUUAUUACUAAUGUCAUCCAUGGAUCCCAGCUAUUUACUUUCACAUCAAAUGUUGGUAAGGCUCUCCAGAGCGGUCAAUAAGGUUUUUAUGCAUAUAUCGCAAUGCGAUAUGCGUCUUGAGUGGUCGAAUUCGAAUUCAAAUUCAAAAUCUCCAAAACAGUUCGACAGAUGCUUGAUGACUGAGAGCGUCGUUGUGGCCGAUUUGGUGGACUGCAACGAUGAACAUCGCUCCUUUUUAACGGCUUCAUUGUUAUAAUCUAGCCAUUUAUUCUUUGGAGAACAUGAUUAGAUGCAACGUCAUGCAAGAUUUGCUAUCUCGAAUGGAGUCUAAAAAAAUCCAUCCAUGAGGUAUUUAUAGCACAUUUUUCCCAUCACCAUUCGAUGUAGUCUUUAUAACAUCUAGCAGUUUUUCACCUUCGACUAAAUUCGUUUCGAUGUUAAGUUUUCCUUUAACUUGUUCACUUUUAAAUUUGUCUGACAUGAUUGAUGUGCGAUAACCGGUAUUCAAUUGUUAUUAUGCCGAUUUGUCCGGACAUCAAUUAUUCUAGUUCUUGGUCGAACAUGUAAUCCAUGGCAUCUACAUGUGUUCGAAUUCCUCGCACAAUCGUGGAGAUAAACUCUACAAAUAAUAAUAUGAAUAAAUCAGGUAUUUUUGCCAUUUUUGUCCAUAAAAAAUAAGUGUCAAAACAUAGAGUCAUGGUUGACUAGUUAAUAGUUGCCAUUGACUUAGAAAAUAAUAGCAGCCGCUUUGCGAGAUAAUCGCUGGCCGCUGAUUCAAUUGUCAUCAAAAAGCAUAAUUGACUUUCAAAUGAAUUUGAUAUCAAAUUUGAUUUUAUUUGUUGUCUUAAUCGUCGAGUAUAAUCAUCUCCUUGUUCAGUUGAAUCAAUAACUUGAUAACUUGGUAAUGAUUCUGGCGUGUAUGGUGAAUUAAUUGGUGAAUACGGGAUCGAAUUUUCCGGUGAAUCAAUGACACUAUUUCUUUCUGAUUUAGUUGAAUUUGUAAUGAAAUCUCCUGAUAAUGGAGGUGGUGAGAAAGUCGGUGAAAAAUAUGCAAUUGAAUAAUCUGAAUUAUUUAAAUUUUCUUUCAAUUUUUCGUCACUUGGAUAUAGUUUGUUGAAUUUAAUUAGUUUUAUCAAUGAAUUUAAAUUUUCAUUAUUUUUUUUUAAUGAAAUCGGUGUUUUGUGUGAUAUGAUUCACACUAUAAGAAUCCAAAUCAUAAAAUUCGUGUUUUAGGAGAAAGAGUUCCCUUUCCAAUUUUUUGGUCUUUUCACGUAAGUUUUUAUUUUCGUUGAUUAUUUGAGUUAUUGUUUCUUUAUUCUUGCACAAAGAACACUUCUUUUUUAAAUUAUUUUUUCCUUUAAAUUGAUUUGUUGAUUCUUUUUCACUCAUUUUCACACUUUGAAGCAAAUGUCGAAAUAAUUUCUAAAUAACUUUUCAUUAAUGUCCCUCUUCGGGCGUCAAAAUGAAUAAAACACAAUUAUUUUAUUCUCAAAGAAACUCACAGAAAACUUUAUUUGAAAAAUUUAAUAUUAAACAAUGUUUUCACUCCUUUAUUAUCUUUCUUAAAACGCACACAAAAAUGAGGUCUGCUCUUGAUGCUUGGUUGAAAUAACCCAACUGACUGAUUCUCAUCAUAUUGAUGGUUUAUUCAAGUGAUUCAAAAUUCAACUGAUUCUUGAUCUAUUUACUUAGUUAGUUCCAUAACUGUCGGUGGGUUUGUCACUAUUAUUCGAACUUGUGAUACGUUUGGUACGACUUUGGUGGUUGAUUUCUGCCGCCGUUCGAAUGGUAAUCCACGUCUCCUAUGGUCCCGUAUAUCCCUAUUGAAAAUUUAAAAAAAAGUUUAAGUUGACAAAGUAAUAUUUUUUGGGUAGUAAUUAAAUCUUAAGUUAAUUAAUAUAUUAAUAGUUGAAAUAAUAAAAUUCAAGUUAGAAUAAUAUUGGUUUCAAAGUAGAAAAUAUUUAUUUGCUCGGUAAAUAAUUUAUUUAGUUUAGUUAUUUAUAAAUUUAAUCGGUUAAAUAUCAUAAGUUAUAAAUCUAAUCGUUCGGUUAAAACAAUUUCACAAUUCAGUUGAAUUGCGAAACCCUACCAACGUGUUUGAAAAAUUGCUCAGUUGAAUUGAAUUGCGAAACCCUUCAAAAAUGUCAAAUGUCAGAAUUGGCGCGAGUCAGUCGGUGAAUUGUUUGCUGCCAAUAAACAAAAUGCCACGAACAACGAGAAAAGAUGAAGAGCUACAAUUGUACGAAUCAUUUGAAGAGGAUCCGUCGCUUGAUUGUGUUUUGUGUAAGAAGCAUUCCGACAAUCCGAUCGAAUUUGGGAAAAAAGUCACUCUGAACGAUGUGACGGUGCAUCAUUUUUGUAGAUGAGGAACUUUUUUGUUUCGCAUUGUAACUUUUGGAUGAAUAAUUUUGAUAAUAACUUUAAUUUUAUAUGCUUAUUCUUCACAGUUGAUGAGCUCCAAUCUUAGGCAAACAGAUGAAUCGGGCGUUGAACAUAUUUUGGGGUACGCAUUGACUGACAUAAGAAAAGAGAUUAAGCGUGCAUCAAAACUGACAUGCGCAUUUUGCAAAGAAAGCGGGGCUAGGGGCUAGCAUUGGUUGCUGGAUACGACAGUGUCGGAAAUCGUUCCAUUUGCCGUGUGCGAAACAGUUUGAUUGUGCCGUUGAGUUUACUGAUGAUUACCGAUCGUAUUGUGAUGCCCAUUUCAACACAAACACCUUGAACACUGAAGAGACACAUAAUGACGAUGAACUUUGUGCGAUUUGUGAGUUGCCAAUGGAUGAAUACAACCCAAUGAAAUCAUUGCAACUCGUUUGUUGUGUCAAUAAAAGCUGGUAUCACAAAGAAUGUUUGAAAGAAAUGGCAUUUUCGAUGAAUGACGAUUUUGUAUGCCCCAACUGCAAUGACAAAGACGAAUUUCAACACAACAUGCUGGCGAAUGGCAUUUACAUUCCUGACAAAAAUUACUUGCCGAAACCAUCGAAAGAAAUUGAACCAAACGCAAAAAAAAGAAGAGUGCACAAGGAUUGGAUAUUUGACAAAACGUUCGAAUCGAAACAGGAAGCAGUAGUUGCAAUUAAAGCCGAACGUUAUUGGUCUUAUCAUUACCGGAACAAAUCAGAUGAUGGUAUCCGAAUCAAUUAUCGAUGCAACCUUAUGAAAUCCGGCCCUGCAAGCACACAGUGUGCAAGUGGAAUUUUUUUGCUGUUUGACUCAACAUGCCAGUCUGUUCAUCUUUAUCGGGCUGAUACAAUUCACACUCAUGGCGAUGAGAACAACAAUGAGAAUGCUGUGAAAAAAAUCUGCGGUGAUAUCGAAACUGAAAUAAGAUCGUCAUUUGAAUCCAACAUGAAACCAAAGGCAAUUUUGUAUAAUUUAGUGCGCAAAGGUUUCACUCCACCGACAAAAGCUACAUUGAACAAUUUUUUGGCAAAAUUGAGGAAGGAGAAGUUCGGUUGUGAACGAUUGAAUUAUGGCACGCUAGAACUUUGGUUGAGCGAAAGUAGCAACGUACCAUCAAAUGAAGAUGAACCAUUCAUUGUCAGUUACGAUAUGCACAUUGACGAUGAAAACAAUGAAAAGAGCACAUUUCGUUUUUUGGUUUCAACAAAGUUGCUGCUGAAAAGUGCUGUGAGUGUUGAAAAAGUACACACCGAUGCAACGUAUAAAAUUGUUUGGCAAGGGUUCCCGAUUCUCUUGAUUGGCACGACAGAUUCCAACCGAAAAUUUCAUCCAUUUGGUGUAUGUGUGUCAACGAAUGAACGAAGUGAAGAUUUUGAAUUUGUAUUUCAAUCGAUGAAAGUCAAAGUGAAAGAACUAUUCCAAGCUGACAUUGAUCCGGAUGUGCUCAUUUGCGAUGCAGCCGAUAGCAUUCACAAUGGAUGGGAAAGAGUUUUUCCGUCACAUAGCAACAACAUCGUUAUGUGUUGGGCACACGUGCGUCGAGCGGUAUCGAAAAAUUUGUCGAAAUAUUUGAAGGAACAAAAGAGAAGAAACGAAUUUCUAUUUGAUCUCGACAAGUUGCAAUUGGCGAGAAAUGAAACUUUCUUUGAUGUUGCAUCCAAGUUGUUUGUGAAGAAGUGGGUCAAAGUUUCGAAAGAGCUAGUCACAUAUUUCGAAAAUGAGUGGCUGAUUCAACAUCGUAACUGGUAUGAGGGAUUUCGGCCGAAAACUCCAAGCUCCAACAAUGCACUUGAGUCGAAGAAUAAAGGCAUCAAAGAUGAAUUCACUUUGAGAGAGAGACUUGAUUUGAGCCAAUUUCGGGUCGUGUUGUUUGCUAUGAUUCAGCAGUGGUCUAUUGAAUAUAGCAGUGGUCUAAAUGUUAUCAACUUCGCUGCACCGAAUAUCGAGUUGGAACAAUGGACUGAUGGAUACAAUUUUGCGAAGUCUAACGUGAAAAUAACCAGCAAACGUAGUGGCAAUUAUGUGACGUACACAAUUCCCCAUGGUAGCAGCACCACUGACAAUGACAUUAAGUACUGCAACAUGGAAAACUUUCAAAGAUUAUCGUGAAAAAGCGUUCGAGUUCGCGCAUGCAAAAUUUGUCUAUCCUAUUACCACUGAAAAUUGGAAAUUUGGUGAAUGUGAUUGUAAAAAUGGAUUUAAAUUGUUUGUCUGUGAGCACAUGAUAGGAAUAGCUAUGCGCUUGAAACUGACAGAAGCUCCAGCAGCAGCGAAAACAAUUCCAAUUGGUCAGAAAAGAAAGCGUGGCAGACCUGCGAAGGCGAAGCCAGCGUUGCAAUACCAAUUAAAUAAUUGAAUUUUAGACGAACAUUGUGAUAAUUUCCGUUCAUUUUCACUGAACCAUUUUUCACCUGAGCAAUACGAUUUAUAACUUAUGAUAUUUAACCGAAUAAAUUAAUAAAUAACCAAGGCAAAUAAACUAAUUACCGAACAAAUAAAUAUUUUCUACUAAUUGCUAACCAAUAUUAAUUUAACUUGAAAUUUAUUAUUUUAACUAUUAAUUUAUUAUUUAACUUAAGAUUUAAUAAUUUCUCAUAUUUUUUUGAAAGUAGUGAACGAUUUUACCUAAUGUUCCACCGUUGGUAUGGAUAAUUUCCACCCAAUCGGCAUCAUCUGAACAAAUUCGAUUCUCACACGGUUUGUCAAACAAUGGUCAUGCAGGGUCUAAUCCUGUCAACCAUGGCAAUGUGAUGUUCACGGACUGAAGGUGUUUGGCCGAAAAACCCGCGAAUAAAAACAUGCCACAGUUGAACUGUGAA